AUGUUCCCUCGCUUGGUCCUCGCGACUGCGCAGUCGCAGCAGUCGUUCUUCAGACAUGUCCUCCUUGGACAGACCAGAGGCUUAAACCGUGCCUGUGGCCUGGUGGGCUACCCCAAUGUUGGGAAGUCCUCCCUCUUCAAUGCAUUUGCCGGCGCGGCAGUUGCCGCAGCGGAGAACUUCCCGUUCUGCACCAUUGAGCCCAACAUUGUGAAGGUAGGGGUGCCGGACCCACGUCUGGACCGCCUGGCAGAGCUCUUCUCAUCUCAGCGAACGGUGCCUGGCCAGGUAGAGAUUCGGGACAUUGCUGGCUUGAUCAAGGGCGCCAGCACCGGAGCGGGCAUGGGCAACGCCUUCCUGAGCCAGAUUCGGGGUGUGCAGGUGGUCUUCCAUGUGGUCCGCUGCUUCAGUGAUCAGAAGGUCGUGCACGUUGAGGACCCCAUCAACAUCGAUCCGGUCAAGGAGUACGAGUCCAUCCUCGAGGAGCUGGUCAUCGCCGACCUCGAGUAUGCUUCCAAGAGGCUCCCGGCGCUGCGGAAGAAGGCCACGACGGCCGCGGCAACGGGUUCGGAUCCAGCAAAGGUGCUGGGCAUCUAUGAGGGCAUCCUGAAGUGCCUGGAGGAUGGCAGGCCAGCGCGGCAUGCCCUCGCGCAGCAGGACGAAGAUUGCCUGUCGCCCAGCGACGACUUCCUCGCGCAGUUGAUCACUGCCAAGCCGGUGGUGGUCCUCGCCAACGUUGCUGCAGAGGAUGCAGCGCAUGGCAACGAAUUUACUGCUCGCUUGUCAGAGCACGUGCAAGCUGAUGCCCAGACCCUUGGCGCGCUGGCAAGCCGAUUCAUCAUCGUGUCCGCUCAAUUGGAGGCGGAGGUAGCGGCACUGGAUGAUGAGGAGUUUCAGGCAGAGUACCUGCAGUCCUUCGGCCUUGAUGUCAACUCGCCUAGGGCGCUGACCAGCGUCCUGGCCGAGAGUCAGAGCCUUCUUAAGCUGAUCUCCUACCUCACCGUCGGAGAGAUGGAGGCCAGGGCCUGGUUCGUGCCGCAGGGUUCACGUGCGCAUGAGGCAGCCGGGGCCAUCCAUUCCGACUUCACCAAGAAUUUCGAGCAAGCAGAGAUCUGGUCCUACGACGACCUGAUCAAGCACGGCAGCAAAGAAAAAUGUCGCAAAGCGGGAGCUGCACGUCUCCAGGGCAAAGACUACAAGGUCCAAGAUGGUGAUGUGAUCGAGUUCCGGAUCAAGAAAGCGCGAUCUUGA